GACGUCUCAUUUUUUAUCUCGUGGAAGAAAAGUUGUACUGAUAAAUGAUGGAGAUGGCUACGGCAAGAAGAAAGUCAAGUUUGGCGUUUUCCAGUGUUUGUGGGAACGCCCAACCCGCCGAUGAAGACUCCCAAUGGCUUUCAUGGGCCGAAAAACAAUUCUGUCAAAUAGCGGGAGAGGACAGACAAAUUGACGAGGAUGAGUUUAAAAUGGCACUUAACAUCAAAAAGUCGUUCUUCGCGGAGCGUUUCUUCCAUCUGUUCGACCAGGACGGGAGUGGGUACAUCUCUCUGGAUGAGCUGAUGGAGGGGCUCUAUCUCCUCACCAAGGGAGAUCCUGUCGAUAAACUUCGAUUUCUCUUCAGUGUCUAUGAUGUCGACGGUAAUGGUGCAAUAGAUCACGAGGAGUUGAAGGUGGUAUUAAGAGCGUGUUUAUGUGAGAGUUCGAUGACGAUCAGUGAGGCAACCAUUGACGCUUUGACCUCGGCGUUGUUUGAAGCAGCCGACACCGACGGCAGCGGCGCCAUCAGCUUUGAAGAACUCAAAGAAGAGCUCGAAAAGAACCCGGAUGUCAUGGAAAACUUGACCAUAAGUGCAGCUAGUUGGUUGAAACCACCGUCCCUGAAGCCGUCUAGAAGGGUUCUACCAAGGUACCUGACCUGGAGAUACGUUCACAACAACUACAGAAAAAUCCUCUUCCUAGUCGUGUUCAUUUUAAUCAACGUCGCUCUCUUCACCGAGGCCGCGUACCGCUACGCCAAAAAGAAAUCAAAUUGGUGCCUCAUAACAGCUCGUGGUUGUGGUCAGUGCCUGAACUUUAACUCUGCCUUCGUACUCGUCCUCAUGUUGCGCAAGACGAUCACCACAUUACGGACGACGAAAGCCGCUGAGAUCCUCCCUACAGACCAGAACAUCGUUUUCCACAAACUGGUGGGAAUCUUCAUCGCAUUGCUGUCUGGAAUACAUACUCUGGGACACAUUGGCAAUGCGUGGUUCGUAGAAAAGACAACCGAUGGCAACGUCACGAUGUCGGCUCUACUCUUUACGAAUCCUCACUUAACGAGCCUCGGGCUCGCCCCCGUUUCCGGUAGUGCCUUCCUCACUGGCUGGGUGUUGGACAUCAUCCUCGCCAUCAUGGUCAUAUGCUCGAUGCCCUUCGUCAGACGAUCAGGACAUUUCCAAGUGUUUUACUUCACGCAUAUGUUGUACGUGGUGUUCUGGGGCCUGCUGCUCAUACACGGACCCAGGUUCUGGUACUGGUUCGUGGUGCCAGGAAUCAUCUUCAUCGUGGAGAAACUCAGUCAGACCAAAUGCGUCAAGCAAGCCCGUUACGGAAAGACAUAUGUACAGGAAGUUAACCUUCUCCCAUCGGGGGUAACGCAUCUUGCAUUGACGAGACCCAACCGAUUCCAUUACAAAGCGGGAGACUACAUCUUCAUCAAUAUUCCUCAGAUCGCUCAGUACGAGUGGCAUCCGUUCACCAUCAGCAGUGCACCAGAACAACAAGGAACAAUAUCCAUGCACAUUCGGUCCGCGGGUAACUGGACAAACCGACUCUACGCAUUCUUCGAGGACCGGCAGAAGAGGAACCGCGAUGAGACCGAGCUCCUCCUGGGCAGCGCCUCGGACAUCCGCGUCGCCAUGGAAACGGAGGAGGUGGAGGAGACGAACCAUGCCGGCGAGUUCAUCCGUCUGAGAGAGAUGGAAUGUGAUGCAGCUGAAGCCGAUGUGGUGAAACCCACGCUCAACCACCGGGGAGCUAACGGGAACCUUCCUCAUGGUCUGCCGCGGGGCUACUCUGUGGAGAGGGAAGAAAGCGAAGACAAUCAACAUCAGCACAGGACCAUUGCGUGUCAGACCACAUUUGAGAUGAAAGGGGCUAAGUCCUGGAGAAGUUCACUACGUGAGGAAAAGAUCCAGGUAUUCAUCGAUGGGCCAUACGGCACUGCUACGAGAGGCAUCUUCCAAGCAGAACACGCCAUACUUGUCGGGGCUGGCAUUGGCGUAACACCGUUUGCAUCUAUCCUUCAGUCCAUCAUGCAUCGUUAUCGUGUAGGGAGACAGACGUGCCCGAUUUGUCAACAUACAUGGCUAGGAAACAUACCGACAGACAUGAUGAGACUCAAGAAAGUUGAUUUCAUCUGGAUCAAUCGAAACCAGAACGCAUUCGAGUGGUUCGUCAGCCUCCUUACGCAGCUUGAGAUGGAACAAGCCCAGGAACCAUUUGAUCGGUUCCUGGAACUCCACAUGUACAUGACGUCAGCAAUGGCUAAAAACGACAUGAAGGGCAUUGGUCUACAGAUGGCAUUGGAUAUCAUGCAUAAGAAAGGACAUCGAGACCUUAUCACUGGACUUAAGACCAGGACUCAGCCAGGAAGACCAGAUUGGAACAAGAUAUUCACUCAAAUCGCUCGAGAGAAGAAAGGCAAGGUCCAAGUUUUCUUCUGUGGUUCUCCAACGUUGGCAAAGAUCAUCAAGAAGAGCUGUGAGAAAUUUAACUUUAGUUUCCACAAAGAGAACUUCUAGACCUACAUCCGAACUAAUGGAACAAAGUAAAGGACCAGAGUGAUUGAUGAUGACAACGAUUCACUUUGUGAUGAACAUUAAUCGAAGGACAAAGUGAUCUAAUUUUUUUCAAAGGAGCAUUAAUUGACUUGGACGAAUGUUUAUAUAUAGAACAGGUCUUCGUUAUAUCCGACUCUGCUCCUAACGAGUGCAUACACGAGAUAGGCCAUAACAGAUGUUAGUGGUGAUUUCAUUAUCAACAAUGGGCAUGUGAAAUGAUAAGAAGUGGUUAUUGAAUAAUUUAAGCUUAUGGGGGAAAUACGAAAUGAGGGGGGGCGUGCGUUCAUACGGUAUGUGCGUGUGUAUGU